CUGCCUUCCCAGGUUAGUCCGUUGCUGGAGUGCAAGAGCGGUUACUACUCUGUCUGUUUCAUUUGUUGUCUAGAAGUUUUUAACUUCGACCAAAAUGAGGGAAAUCGUACACCUGCAGGCGGGCCAGUGUGGAAACCAAAUCGGAGCUAAGUUCUGGGAGGUGAUAAGUGACGAACAUGGCAUCGACCCGUCCGGGACGUACCAUGGGGACAGCGACCUGCAACUGGAGCGAAUCAACGUGUAUUACAACGAGGCAACAGGUGGGAAGUAUGUCCCUCGUGCAGUGCUGGUGGACUUGGAGCCAGGAACGAUGGACUCUGUGAGGUCUGGUCCAUUUGGCCAGGUCUUUAGACCUGACAACUUUGUCUUUGGCCAGAGCGGAGCAGGUAAUAACUGGGCUAAAGGCCACUACACUGAAGGAGCCGAGCUGGUGGACUCAGUCCUGGAUGUGGUGAGGAAGGAGGCAGAGAGCUGCGACUGCCUUCAGGGCUUCCAGCUCACGCACUCCCUCGGGGGAGGCACCGGCUCUGGCAUGGGCACACUGCUCAUUAGCAAAAUCCGAGAGGAGUAUCCAGACCGUAUCAUGAACACUUUUAGUGUGGUGCCCUCACCCAAGGUGUCAGACACAGUGGUGGAGCCAUACAAUGCCACCCUAUCUGUCCACCAGCUGGUCGAGAACACUGAUGAGACCUACUGCAUUGAUAAUGAGGCCCUGUAUGACAUCUGCUUCCGCACGCUGAAACUCACCACACCCACCUAUGGCGACCUCAACCACCUUGUUUCUGCCACCAUGAGUGGGGUGACCACCUGCCUGCGCUUCCCCGGCCAGCUCAAUGCUGAUCUGAGGAAACUGGCUGUCAACAUGGUGCCCUUCCCGAGGCUGCACUUCUUCAUGCCAGGCUUUGCUCCCCUGACCAGCCGGGGCAGCCAGCAGUACAGGGCGUUGACAGUUCCUGAACUCACACAGCAGAUGUUCGAUGCAAAGAACAUGAUGGCUGCUUGCGAUCCACGCCACGGGCGCUACCUCACAGUUGCUGCCAUCUUCCGAGGCCGCAUGUCCAUGAAGGAGGUGGACGAGCAGAUGCUGAACGUGCAGAACAAGAACAGCAGCUACUUUGUGGAGUGGAUCCCCAAUAAUGUCAAGACAGCCGUCUGUGACAUCCCUCCUCGUGGCCUCAAGAUGGCCGCAACUUUCAUUGGCAACAGCACAGCCAUUCAGGAGCUCUUCAAACGCAUCUCGGAGCAGUUCACCGCCAUGUUCCGCCGCAAGGCCUUCCUCCACUGGUACACGGGUGAGGGCAUGGACGAGAUGGAGUUCACGGAGGCUGAGAGCAACAUGAACGACCUGGUGUCCGAGUACCAGCAGUAUCAAGAUGCCACUGCUGAGGAAGAGGGCGAGUUUGAGGAGGAGGGCGAAGAGGACAUGGCCUAGACGCCUACCAUGACCCUUUUCUUACUAUGCAAGAGUUUGAGGCUGGGCAAUAUGGUUCAAUUGAUGCAUUAUUGAUAAUUGUUUUAAAAUCAGUCAUUUCUAUAGCAAUGCUAAAAAGAAAAUGACACAAUAAUUCCAGAGAAAGUUGCUAAAUGAUGACAUUGAAAUAUUGUCCAGCCUUAAUAGGAGUGCAAAUGAUUUCUCCAGCCAUGGUUCUUAGAUGUUGUCUGUUCUGUUUUCACACUUCUUUUUUUUUCCUGUUUUCAGUUCCCUUUCAGUGCGUCUUCCUUACUGUUUUGGAUAUAAAUGUUUUUAACCUCUCCUCUUUCCUGUCUCUUUUGAGGGUAUCACCUAAAUGUCACUCCCCCAUGACUGGCAACAUUCAGCAUCAGUCAUAUAUUCAUGAAAAAACAAAAACUACAUAACGACAUAAUGUUAAAAUUGUAAGUUAACGGUUAGCGUAACCUCUCCGGUAUACGUGUUAGGAAAUUCCAUUCCUUGUUGCAUUUCAAAGUCCACACCCCAUUUGCUUGUCCAGUUUGCCCUGGAUCAGUUUGACUCCUACUGUUACAGCUCUGUUCAUUCAUAGCAGACACAGAAUGAAACAUUGACCAGUUCAAG